AUGUCAUAUAAAAAUCAAGAAAAUCCUCAUUGUCCUCGUUGUGGUCAUGCAGCUUUUCAUGCUGAAUCAAUUCCAGCUGCUGGAAAAGUAUGGCAUAAAAUAUGUUUUCGAUGUGGUCUUUGUAAGAAAUCAUUAGAAAUAACAACAAUGGCAGAACAUGAUGGUGAUUUAUAUUGUAAACAGUGUUAUACUCGUAAAUAUGGUAUUCGUGGUGUUGGUUUUGGCGUUGGUGCUGGUGCACUUGGAAUGGAUACAGGUGAACGAUACGGAAAUACACAAUCACUUUCAAAUAAACCAAAUUAUCCUCCAGUUCCUGGUAUUACACCACCUGAGUAA